GCUAAAAAUGUCGUUUCAUAUGGAAGCAAUUAGAAGAUCUCGCACAUUAGCUAAAAAGAAGGAUGCUCAAUUCGCACUCUCCGCUAAGGAAGAGUCAAAGGAAUUACAGGGACAGGCUCUUGAAGAACAUGUUGAAAACAUGUGCAGAGAAUACACAUUUCCCCGACGUGCUAUAAGCAGCUACGAGAUACCAAGAUACUCCACUGCUCCUGAAGCUAAGAGUGACAGUGUAUUGGACAAGGAAUUGUGGGAGACACAGAGGAAGUUGAGAAAUAGUUGCCUCUACAUGGGACCUUAUUAUCCGGGAACCGGGGCGUGGUCCGCUGCUCAGUGAGGAGGACACUUGUUAGAUUAAAUAACUUGUUUGGAACUUGCUCGGAUUUAGAUUUAUGAUCCUAUGACUUGAUGUGAAUGAUUUAAUAUUGAGAAUUUUGUUUAGAACGUGUAUAAAGUGUAUUAUAUAGAUAAGAUUUGUGUUUUUGUCUAGAAGUGAUCCGUUUUGUGUAAAUAAAUUAUUUUUCUUUUAUUUAUGAUUCCCA